AUGGGGACGAAAUGGCUUUUGACGGUACUUUUGGUAAUACUAAUGGCGUUUUUCAUUGAUUCGUAUCCGAUGUAUGGGAAAGGCCUUGGCAGAUUGGUCGUAAAAAGAUCUAUUUGUAAGUUGCUUUUGAGAUUUUUUUUAAUUUUGAUUUCAAAAGGAUAUGUUCGAAAACUUCGACAUUUUUCCAGGAUUUCAGCAAAAUUGACAUGACUUGAACUGUGAAGCUCGGAUUUUUUAAAAUUUUUCCACACAUGCCGGGUUUAGGUAGCGUAUUAUUUGCCAAAAACUGUGACUCUUGAUUUGCACAAACAGCUGAGAUAUUCAACAAUUUUUGCCGACGAGAGAGUACGCAAAAUCAGAAGAGCGGUCAGAGAAAAGUAUGCGUUUCGACCGUGUCUUUACCCAAUAAUUUAGGAAACAAAAUUUGCCUCAUGGUUCAUUAAAAUUUGAGUUUUGUUUCUUCUUGUCAGAGAUUAUUCUUUCAGCCAGUCAAGCUCUUAUGAAUCGAUGGGCCGGAGCACUGAGGCCGGCUUCAUUUAUGGACGUUAGAGACGAGGACAUAUUGGAGAAUAUUCUUGAAGAGUUCAAGAAUGAAAGUCAAGGACCACAGGAGUAA